AUGCAACCACCAACUUCGAGUUUUCUAGAAACCGCUAGGAAAGCACGCUAUCUAGGAGAACCGACCACGAGGAAUCGACUAACAGCACUUUCAACACCUGCAGCUAAGGCGCUAGCGCGCAGUAGGGAGAAGAAGGAGGCCUUCCUUCGUUAUCUCACGCCUCAAGAAACACAGACAUAUCAAAACAAUAAAAAUAACAAAAAAAGACUAGCCUUAAAGGACCUUAGAGGCACAAGCAAACGACUAAUAGAUAAUAAUCCAGAAAUUGAGAUGGCUGAGGAGGCCUCUACGCCUUGCCCUAACAGGCAACUAGAAGAACCGCCUAGGCCUACCCAUACUAGGACAAGGAGUAAUUUUUCUCCAUUUAUUGGAGCAGUGCCAAGAUACCCUACAGUAGGGAAAACACCAAAGGCAACCUCUAUUAAGGAGGCCUUAGAGAUUGCUAGAAACCUA